AAAACACAGCCGCCCAGUGUCCCUUGGUGAGGAGAGAACAGGAGCCUGAGCAGAACAGGGAAAUGAAGUUGUCAGACAGGACAGCCCUGAAACACUCUUCAACUGAGCUAGCUUGCGACUUAGGGGACGAGUAGAGAGAUUUAGAGUCAGUAAAUUUAGCUAUGAAGGCCGUCCGUCGGAGUAGUUUGUAGCUACGUUUAGCACACGUUAGAUAGCUAACGUCGGGGAUCCCAGAUAGAGGCAUUUCUCAGUAGAGGGGAGCAAGUUACUGGUAACAACUUGCUAACUGACAUUAGCUGGCUAACCUUUACCCACCGAGCCUCCUUCAAGUUCAAAAACUGUUUGUCACUUCAUCAGACAAUUAGGUUUGGAUUACUUUGCCCUCCACCAUGCCUUUUCCUUUUGGGAAGUCUCAGAAGAGUCCGGCUGAGAUAGUGAAGAGUUUGAAGGAGAAUGUGGCAUACAUGGAAAAGCUGGACGCUGCAGAGAGCAAAAAGUGUGAUAAGGUUGCAGAGGAGGUGUCAAAAAAUCUGGCUUCCCUGAAAGAAGUGUUGUGUGGGACAGGCGACAAGGAGCCUCAAACUGAGGCUGUGGCUCAGCUCGCACAAGAGCUGUACAACACCAACCUCCUCAUUGCUCUCAUUGCAAAUCUGCAGAGGAUUGAUUUUGAGGGCAAGAAGGAUGUGGUGCACUUGUUCAGCAAUAUUGUGCGACGUCAGAUCGGUACUCGCACACCCACGGUAGAAUACAUCUCCUCACACCCACAGAUCCUCUUCAUGCUCCUGAAAGGAUAUGAGACUGCAGAGGUGGCCCUGAACUGUGGGAUGAUGCUGAGAGAGUGUCUGCGUCAUGAGGCUUUGGCACGGACAGUGCUCUUCUCUGAGGACUUCUACUGCUUCUUCCGUUAUGUGGAACUGUCAACCUUUGACAUUGCCUCGGAUGCUUUUGCCUCAUUCAAGGAUCUUCUCACAAGACACAAGAUUAUGUGCGCAGAUUUUCUGGAGACCAAUUACGAUAGGGUGUUUACAGAAUACGAGAAGCUCCUACAUUCAGACAACUACGUCACCAAACGUCAGUCUUUGAAGCUCCUUGGGGAACUUCUGCUGGAUAGACACAACUUCACUGUGAUGACCAAGUACAUCAGUCGGGCAGAGAACUUAAAACUGAUGAUGAACUUGCUCAAAGAUAACAGCCGCAACAUCCAGUUUGAAGCCUUCCAUGUCUUCAAGGUGUUUGUUGCAAACCCCAACAAGACUCAGCCUGUGCUGGACAUACUGCUGAAGAACCAGACCAAGCUAGUGGACUUCCUGAGCCACUUUCAGACAGACAGAUCUGAGGACGAGCAGUUCUGUGACGAGAAGAACUAUCUGAUCAAGCAGAUCCGAGACCUGAAGAGGCCCACGGCACCCGAGGAGGCGUAAGGUCGCAGGGAUGACCGCUCCGUCAGGUGGUGUUAUUAUUAGAGGUGGCGGUUGGAGGGAUUGAGCCCUUGGAGAAGUGAGAGUGUAACAGAGAUACUUCCUUAGGAUCCAUUAACCUCAAAAUAUAGGAGUAAAGUAAAAACUACUUCUUUCACUUUUUUUCUUAGUGUGGAUAUGAUUUCCAUCAGGCAACUGUGAGUGGGCCAAGAACUGUUAUUUAAACCUUAGUGCUUCUUUAGUGUUAAUAAAAUGCAUCUAGUCAGAGCUUGUAAUGUUGGACCUUAAACUGUUACCUUUUAGAUAAGCAAUUUCCUCAUACAUUUUCACUGGAAAAGCCCUUACAAUAAAAGAAGCUUCACCCCAUCCACAGCCAGCACAAGCUCUGAGGUGUUCUUGAAAGCCUUUUUCACAAAGAUGUCAAUAUAUCAGCGGCUUUAAAAAUUAUGAGGAAGAAUAAAUGUUUUGCUAAUGUAAGCGUAAGGUUAACAUUUUGAAACUUAACUCUUCUUUCUAAUACAUUGCUUAGCCCAACUAAUUCCAUAGUAUUGGUUUAUUGCCUUAUUGUAAGCUAUUCUGUUAUUCUGGGAUGUAAAUGAUCUUCUGAAAUUUGACAUAAGCGUAAUGACAUCUGGAUUAUAUUUUAGCCAGGUCAGCGCAUGGUAAUCUUUGGUGUUUAAUAGGUGGUUAGUUGGCCUUUGGUGCGUGUGUAAGGUUUGAGGGGUCAGAAGUCAUCCUGCUGUACUUGCUAAUGCGUUAGCUGGCACAGGAAGAGAAAAUCAAAACCAUAGAGAAAUCAAUUUAUUGUGCAGGGGUUUUAGUUAGGCUGUGGUCAGCAAGGCUUACAUGACUGAAAUAGAAACAAGGUAUCAGAUAAUGCUGCAGGGUGUCGGGCAGCCAUCAGUUCACUGCUAACAUGGGCGGUCAGGAUAUACCAAUUGAUCUCAAUGGAUGCACUUCAUUUCAUCCCCAGAUACACAGUGAAAAUGACUUAUUUUUGAUAAUAAUUAUACUCUUUAAUUAUACUCUAUUUAAGAAAUAUACGCAGUAUGAGAAUUUACCUUGAUCUUUUUUUUUUUUUAAUGGGAGUGGGAUCUAUAGGAUGAAAAAUGCCACAAAGCAACAGAUUAUAGGACAGAAACUCAGCAGAAACCAAUAUUUUCACCAGACGGGUUAAGAAACUCAUUGAUGUGCUGCUGCUUGACAAAAACAGCACUGCUCAGCAGAAAAGAAAUAUUAUUGCAGACUACUUGAAGUGUUUUUGAUAAAGCGUUGCAAUGCAUCAUAAGUAUCUUAUAAGUACUCAUAUUGGAACACAAUUUAAUCUAUUAUGUUAAUUGACUUGGCAUGUGUGUAUGAUGUGGUGUGUGCUGACAGGAAUUGCUUUUCCUGGAUAAUUUUACUUUGAAAUUCAGUGGGGGGGCUUCAGAAACACAACAUAGUGGUAUGAGGUGAUUUAUUUUUCAUUUGGCCAUGUUGAUCAUCUUAUACUCUCGGCUUGAGGCAGAGUACUUUCAUAAAAUCCACAGAAGAUGUAUUUAAGAUCUUUUUUGAUGAAAAUUUAUAGUUAAAGCAAAUUUCUCUUUGCUCUUUUCCAAUUCAGUUAAAUUCUGCUAUGGAGUUGAUCACCCUAAUUUCAUGCAAACAAAACCUCCCUCUGAUAAAGUUUGAAGCAGUUCUGUUUGCACAGCCAAAUGUGCAAAAAGCAAAGGUGGCAAAUACUAAAUACACCUAAUUCAAAAUGUCAUAAUGCAUUAUGUAUGAAACUGUUUUUUAUGUGAUUGUGAUUAUAAUUAGAGUACAUUAUAAUAUGCCUAUGAUGCAUUAGUAUGCACUACCUAUCAAAGUCUCAUUACACUCACAAAAUAGUGACAUGCACUGUUAAAACAAGCACAGGUCUGUUCUGGAUGAUGCGCACUGAAUUUACCAAGGUCACUCACUUGGCUCAGCUGUGGGUUGAACCGCUAAGGCCGAGGUUACAUGUGAAACUUUUCAUGCUCUGUGGGCGCAUGCAAUUGAGUUUGUUUUGGAGCUCCAGCCAAUGGAAAUCAUGACUUUGGUUUACAUCACCAUCAGAAGGGUUUCAUAUGGGUUUGUUGACAUUUAAACAGUAAAAAUUUAAUUUACAACAUGCAGCAAAAUUGCAUUUAAGUUGCACUGUGUAUCGUCGGCCUUAGAAAGCAUUCUGUUGAAAUAAUUGCCUUACUUGUCACUGUUUCUAAAACUGCAUAUUAGGGAUUUUGAGAAUUUGUUGUGUGUUGGCACAGUCUUUAGUAUAUACCUCAUGGGAUUUGAGUUUGUAAAUGCUGUGUUCUCUUUCUUUCCUUCCUUGACAAUAUGUUUUAUUUGACAUUUUGAUUAUACACAACAGUGGUUUGUAUGCAUGCCUAAACUUGAUAACUAUGUUUUAACUUGAACAGGGACUGCAACCUGGUUUUCACAAUAGAAAACUAGACUUUUGAAACUAAAUAUUUUAUUGAGUGGUGCCACACAAAUGUUAAUUCAUAAUGAAUUGCAAUAUGGUACCAUAUAGUGAAUGCUGCCUUACCUAAAGAAAUUUAAUCGAUUGUAAUGAUCAUGUGAAAACCUCUUAAUUUGUUUUUUAAACCAAAGUCUAUAUGAAAGGGAAAAAAAUGCAUUUCACGCCCCAAAUGUAGCAGUAAUUUCUCAGACCCACAUCCAACAGCCAGAUAAAUAUGCUGCAAAUGUGAUCCUAUGUGUGUAUAUAUCAUAGAAAUUUAUUUCAGUUUCUAUGGUACAUACAUUUUGAAAAGAGAGAUCUGCAGAGAACCCUCAAUAUAGGUUUUUGGUCAUACUUAAUUUGCAUUUUUAGAUCAAUAUACAUGCCUCCAAAUAAUCGUAAGGUCAAUAUGAGGCCUUUCUGGGUCCAUAAAUUUGUUUUGGAAAUUUACUGUGCAUGUGGUACAUAAUGCAUAAACAGCCUGAUGUAGUCCUGCUCACUGUGCAGCACCAUGCCAGCCAGCUUCUGAGAGAACGUUUGCAGAGUAUCUCUGGGCUAAGAUGUUUCUCAAAACAUCCCUGGCACUGAUAAAUUUAUUAAAGAGUUUAUGAGAGUUAUGUAAAAUCUAACCGUUGCAAAUGUGAAAUCCACCAAUUUCAAAAAUAAUACUGAACAAACACACACACACACACACACAGGUCUCCAUUACAAGUAAGCUAAACUUCCGUUACCACCAGGUUUAUUUUAAGAAAUAAUUCCAUGUGAAUUUAAAAGUGGGUGCUUGGUCCAUACAAACUUUCUUGAAAUACGGCUCUAAUCAUGAGGUUCAUUUUGGCAUGGAUAAAUUGUUUAUACAGAUUCAUCAAAUACAGUUUGGGUAAUUCACCAAAAGGAGUUAUUGGCACCUUGUAUCAGCUGUACAAAAAUACAUUUCUUGGAAUAAUCCUACCUCCGGUUAUUUGAGUACAUCAUAAUUCACUGGCAAUUUUAUUUAGACAUCAACAUAAAUUCCUUAAUGUAAGAUAAAGACUAUAAAUUUGGUGAUUGAAACCUCUUUUUGAAAUGUAAAUGUAAUUUUUCCACUCUGUUGCCUUCUUUUUUCCCCCAUAACCUUAGAUACAUGAAUAUUUUCCUUAUUUACCAUGGGAGAGAAUUGUAAGUGUAUAUAGCUUUAUUUUAAAGAGCAAAAGUGUGAAAGCAUUCAUGAAAAUAAAAUUUCAUGGCACAACA